ACCUACAGCGGCCUACUGAGCUUGCUCUUAAACUUAUUUUCUCCUGAUCUUAGAUUGCUUCAACGAUGGCCGCCAAAAAAACUAUUCUGCUCUUCGCUUUGCUGACUUUUGUCAUCACCGUUGUCAACUCCCAGUCCGUCCAAAUGAAAUACGUGAAUGGGUCCUUGGAAAGAGGGGCUGUGUGCCUAGAUGGGAGUUCAUCUGUCUGCUACAUUCACAAAGGGGUAGGACAUGGACGUAACAAUUGGCUGCUUCACCUUCAAGGAGGAGGAUGGUGCUUUAAUAAGACCAACUGCAAGGAUCGCGCCAGCACAUCAUACCUGGGAUCUUCCAAUCUUAUGAACAAAUAUGUCAACUUCACUGGCUUUCUUUCUAAUGACUCCAGGAUUAAUCCCGAAUUCCACAGCUGGAAUAGGGUCUAUAUUCCGUAUUGUGACGGUUCUUCAUUUACCGGAAAUGUUGAAGCUGUGGAUCCCGUUACAAAUGUAACCUACCGUGGAUUACGAAUUUUUGAAGCCACGAUGGAUGAUUUGCUCUCUCAGGGAAUGGAGGAUGCUCAAAAUGCACUUCUUAGCGGUGUUUCGGCGGGCGGAUUGGCUACAAUGAUUCAUUGUGACCGGUUUCGAGACCUUCUUCCGAUGACAGCCCGAGUCAAAUGUCUUGCAAUUGCAUCUUACUUUGUGCAUGAGGUGCAUCUAAACGGAAGCAAACAGUUCGAAUCCAUUUUUGAGGCGCUCAUCAGUUUACAUGGAUCGUCAAAAGGGCUACCUUCACAAUGCACUUCAAGAAUGAGUCCCAGUUUGCCAGUGCUUCUUUCCCCAAUACUUCUUGCCUACAAUAGAGACGUAUGUGUUCAUAAGCAUGUCAGCAUUCGAUCAUGUUCAAAUAAGACUGAACUUGUUUCACGAUAAUUGCACUUUUGAACGGCUCAAAGCAAUGCAAGAUUUGAGGCAGUACGUGCUAUCUGAAUUACCGAAAGGCUAUUUCUUCGAACGGGGAAUAUGGAUUACAAGCUGCAUCGCUCAUAUCAUACCCUACUUUGUGAACCAGACAACGUAUGCUGAAGUUUUUAGAGAUUGGUAUGUUAAUGGAGGUUCUCUUCAAAUAGUUGACGAUUCUGACAUACCAAAAAAUUGUUCUUCACAAGGCAUCAAACCCAAUUCAUGAAUGGGUUCAGUUUCACGAUUUGAUACUUCAUAUGUUGAAUUUGUUGCUUGAAACUAGGAGGAAGUAAGAGUUGUAAGUGCAUUUCUAGAAACACAAUAUUGUGAAUUUGGUUCUUUAAAUUGCUUAAGCUAUAGUAUACUAGUAUGUACGAAUCAAACAUAUAUUUGCCUAUUUGGCGAUUAGUUUUAUAAUAUAAUACUCCCUCCGUCCCGGAAAAUUCUUGCUAAAUGGACUUGGAUACGAGUUUAACAAAGUGAGAAUAAGGUGGAAAUGUAUGAUUGUAGUUGAGUAAGAAAAAUGUUAAUGAAUGGUAGCCACUCAAACCUUUUCAAAAAGGGAAAUGAGAAGAAUUUUUUGGGAUAUCGCAAAAAGAUAAGUAAGAAGAAUUUUGGGACGGAGGUAGUAUAUGAGUUUCUGAAACUUAGUACUCUUAACUAGAGUUUGUGAAACUACUAUAUGAAAAUGGACAAUGUUUCAGUGUUCUUAGUACCCCUAACACGCGCGCUAGCUUCAGUGUUCUUAUAGGAGUAUUAGAUACGAAGUAUAUGUAAGACACCAAGCAAGAAAAUGAACAAUGUCCAGUAUCUUUAACCAUGAGUAAUAUUUUAUUGGGAAAAGGUGCAAAUAAGUCCUCGAACUAACCGAAAAAAGUGCAAAUCACCCCUUUUAUAGGAGGUUCUGCUCGGUCGUCGCCAUUUGGGGCGGUUCCCGGUGGAUUUUUGAUACGCUUGUAAUUUCCAUAUGUAUGUUUGUGUUUUUAAUUAGUUUUGAUUGAUUUUUACCUUGGAAAUUACACACUUUUGGUGUAAUAGUUUAGUUUGUUAAAUUCUUGUAAAUUGUUUAGAUUAGGUUUAUUCUGAGCUCAAACAGAUCUUGAUCAACUCAAAGGACAGUUGGUGAAACCCAAAAGUGAAAGGAAGGUGCAAAAAUCAAAAGAAAGAAGAUCCUGAUUUUUUUGUCUAUACCGGGUCGAGUAUGACCUAUACUCGAUCGGGUAUCUUGUUGAAAUUUCAAAUCGGAUCAGAUUCGAAGACAAAGGAUCAUGCAGAGAAGAUUCGGACCACGAUCGAGUGUCCAUAUCCGAUCGGAUACACCGACACACCUGAUCGGGUACCUCUCCAAAUACAAACCCGAAUUCAGUCGAGUAUGCCCCGGAUCUGAAGUUAUAAGCAUACUCGACCGGGUACAAAGGUAUACUCGAUCGGGUAUGCUUAUAAAAUUUUCCCUUUGAUCGAUCGAGUAUACCUCGAAUUUAAGGUAUUACACAUACCCGAUCGCGUACCUUGUAUAUACCCGAUCGGGUACCCGAGCUGCAUCUCAAAAGCCUAUAAAUACACCCCCUUUCCUUCACAAUUAGAUAUCCAAUUCCUUUAUACAUCUAAGCUCAGUCUAGAAUAGUUCUUUCUUUAUAUUUUUCAUCAUGUUUAAUCUCCAAAUGAGGAGCUAAACUCUUCCAUCUUGGUUUUGCUACUUUGAAGCUUAAUGAUUUGUAAGUUGUGAGUUAUUUUCUUUAAUCUUCUUCCUUGAAUAUUAAUUCUUUCCCAUUCAUAUUCCAUAUUAAUAUUUU